AUCCUUCUCGUACUCUAUUUGUUGGAUUAAUGAGUAUAUUAUUAUUGUUGUUGUAAACACAAUUAAACGGUCUUUCUAUCUCUACGAGUUAGGGUUAUUAGGUCUGCAUAUAUUCUCUCCUCUUCGGACCUCACCUCACCCGUGGAAUUUUUAGUAGGACGUCAAGAUGAGUACUCUAUCAGAACACGAGGUCACGAUACUUUACAAAGUUCGUAAAACUGUGAUGGAAAUGUUGAAUGAUAGAGGCUAUGUUGUUGAAGAAUUUGAAAUUAAAAUGUCAAAACAAGAAUUUCUUCACAAGUAUGGUGUAAACAUGAAGAGACAAGACCUAGAAAUUCUCAAAGCCAAACGCAACGAUGAUGAGAGUAAGAUAUAUGUGUUCUUCCCUGAAGGAGCAAAGGUUGGUGUUAAGGAAAUGAGACCUUAUGCUGAACGUCUAAGACAAGAAGAUGUCUCCCAAGCAAUUUUUGUUGUAAAACAAAAAUUGACACCCAAAUCUGAUCAAUUCAUAAGUGAAGUAUCUACAAUGUUAAACUUGGAGGUCUUCCAGGAAGCUGAGUUGAUAGUAAACGUUAAAAAUCAUGCUAUAGUUCCUGAGCAUCAGCCACUUACCAAGGAAGAAAAGAAAAGUUUAUUGGAACAAUAUACAGUGAAAGAAUCACAGCUUCCUCGAAUUCAGAUCACCGAUCCAAUUGCUAGAUAUUAUGGACUAAAACGUGGCCAAGUCGUGAAAAUUAUCAGACCAAGUGAGACUGCAGGUCGUUAUGUCACUUAUCGAUAUGUAGUUUGAACUAGUUUUGAUGUUUACACAGUUCAGAUGUAGGUAGUGACCAGAAAAAAGUGAAGUAAUGAAGCUGUUUGUUAGUAGUAUUUGCUUUCUUUUCUUUCACGUACGUACCUUGACUAUUUCACUAAGUACUUAUCGAACUAGUUUUGGUGUUUAUGAGUAGAAUGACGAAAAAUCACCAAUAUUCUCCAUCCUACCCUGUGAUUUGAGCAUUUUCACUCACUUUUUUAACCACUGCGCCACAUUGAAGUAAAGAUGUCUCAUGUAGACGUUAGACAAAAAAGUAGAGAUGCAAGACUUAAAAGUCAGCUAGUGACGGAGACAGAAUUUUCAUCUGAGCUUCUAACUAACAAUACAUCUAAUUGGUUGAAAAAAGAAAAAUAAAUGAAAAAAA